AUGAGGUCCCGAUGGUACAACGACGACGCGUUCGACCAGCACCUGGCUGCCGUUGAGCGCGAUAAAAAUAUGAGGUAUCGAAACGCGCUGCAGGAUCAGCUCGUAGUGAACGAAACUAUGCGGCGUCAGCGGACCGAGGAAUGGCACAGAGAGCGUAAAAUCGUCGAGCAGAUAAGCGAGGUCCUUCGGAACGAGGACGUGGAUACCGCAUCGGAGAAGAAGGAGAAAACCGCGAGGAUCCAGGCAGAGAGGGAGGCCUUUUUUCGAGCGAUGAAAACGUGGAAGUCCAAGGAGCGGGAGGCACUGCUGGACGAGUUCAGUCGGCAGGCUAAAAUCAUAGCGAAAAAAGAGGCCGAGGAGAAGAAUCGAGCCGUUGUCAAAGCUGGCAAGUCAGACGUUAGAGAGGAAAUUAUGGAACGGACCGCCAGACGUAUGUUGGAUGAUGAGACGAGGAGGAACGAGAAGGAGGAUAUUGUCAACGAGCUCUUUGACGAGGAGUGGAACAGCAAGGUUGCCAUGGAGCUGAAGGAUGCUGCGGCGAGAAAAGAGGCCGUUAAAAGAGAGCUGCUGGCUGACAUGGAACGGCAAAAAGUACUAGUUUCCGAGAGCAGGGCGAAGUCUUUGGCCGUCGACGCAGCCUUCGGAAAGUACCUCGUCGAGCAGUCCGAGGCGGCGGAUAAAAAGGAGAGUGAAAAAUCGGACGAGCGUCGUCGAAGAGGUCUUCAAUAUGGCCGGGAUUUGAAGACGGUGCGAGAUGAGCAGCGAGCACUUCACGCCGAAGAGGUACUCCUCACGCAGGCGAUACAGAGACAGGAUGAUCAGCGGGAAGUUGAACGUCUGAAGGAGGUAUCUUUGGAGCGUUCGAAAAUUUUGUACGAACACGCACCGAACUUGAAGGGAUUUCUCAAGGCUGGAACCUUGCGAACGGAAGACCUGGAGUACAUGAAAAUGCAGCAGUGUAGCUCAAACUAG